CAGAGAAGCAGCAUCACCUGAAGCAGAGCUUCUAAGCUGUCUUCCUUCUGCUGUGGCCGAGGUAUAUGGAAGUCCUUCAGUCAAAAGAGCCAUGAUGAGAAACAUCUGCGUCUACCUGCUGCUCAUCCUUCCUCCUGUCUACGGGCAGCAAUCAGACCUCAGACAUGGCAUACUUACAGAGUAUGAUGAAAAGAAGACCUGGCACGAAGCUCAGUCUUUCUGCAGGGAGAAACACAUUGACCUGGUUACUAUCAGAAGGAAAGAAGAUAAUCCAGUCCCUCGGAAUGACGAGGUCUGGAUCGGAUUGUACCAGAAGGAGACGAACCUUUGGAAAUGGUCCAGAGGAGACGAGAAAGCAACCUACUUCGAGUGGGAUGGUGGUGAACCAAAUGAUCAAAAUCCACGCUGUGUUAGGUCAGUUAAAGGUAAAUGGCGUGAUAAAGGCUGUGGGGAAAAUUACUGUUUCAUGUGUUUCGAUGAGAAGCUGGUUCUGGUGAAGGAGAACAAAACAUGGGAGGAGGCGUUAGACCACUGCAGGUCUCUGGAGGGAGAGAAUCCAGACUCUGUGUUCUGGAAGCCCAGCUAUGACCUGGCCACCCUGAUCACUGAAGAUGAUCACGACUAUGCACGAGAGAAAGCACAGCAGGCUACCACAGAUGAGGUGUGGACGGGCCUGCGUUUCCUGGGUGACGGCUGGUUCUGGGUGGGUGGAGAACCGGUGCAGUACCAGGAUAUUCCAAGCUGCCCGGCUUACGGCUGUGGUGUCCUGGAGAAGAACAGCAACACAUCCUUUGGGCUCAGAGCCUGCAGUCAGAGAAGAAACUUCUUCUGUUACAAGAGGCCUUAAAACUAUUUAAAGACAGGUGCUCAUCUAUCAGCUGCUUCUACCUGCUGUUAAUAACACCAGGAAUCUCUGCAGCUCAUCCACAGGUAAAGACUCCUCAUCGCUGCUGCUUGACUGCUGCCAAUGUCUCUUCUGAAAAAGAAUAAGAGAUAAAUGUUCCUCUGCUGCCACCUUCAGGAAUCUGACGAUAACUGCAGCCACGUUUGUUUCUCUCAGUAAAGCAGCAACAAUGAAGAAUCUUUACUUAUGGCGGUGUUAUUAAAACAUGAAUUGCAGGUAAAACCAGGUGAAAUAUGACACCAGGCAUUUAAUACAUUUACUGAUAUAGUGAACUGGAGUAGAAAUUUGACGUGUGUGUUUGACUUUCCAGUUCAUGACAGUACUUUACUACGACAGUUCAGAGGGAAAUAUUGAACGUUUGUUAUAUUAAUCUAACCUUCAAAGUUAAUUCUUUACUUUUUUUCAACAUUUUAGAAAGAAAACAUUAAUAAAUAAUUUAUUAAUCAGUUAGUUUAGAAAGUAAUAGAAAUAAUCAGCAGCCUUUUGUAAAGUUUGAAGCCAUUAAUACACUGCCUAGCCAUAAAACAAAGGUCGUCACCAAAAUAAAAGGUCACACACUGAUAUUUUGUUGGACCUCUUUUAGCUUUGAUUACAGCAUUCGCUGUGGCAUUGUUUCAAUAAGCUUCUACAGUCUUAUUAUUAAGAGUUUUUUCCAUCCAAUGAUGCAUUCACUUUUCACCAAGGUUUUGUAUUGAUGAUGGGAGAGUCCGAUACGUAAGUUAAUUUAAUUAAGAUGAAUAUAUUGCCCAGAUAACUUUUUAUUUUUCAAUCAUUACCUGUUGUGGUACCAAUCAAGCAGUUUAGUGACUGGAAUAGAAGAAUAUCAUCUUUAAUUUGGGAAUAUCAAAAUCCAAGGGUGAAAUUUCAGACACUACAAUUGUCUGAAGAGGAAGGAGGGACGGCCUUGUUUAAAGGGUUAUUACCAAACUGCACAGCUGAGAAUUUUACUGGUGUCAUCCUAAAUAUGAAAGGAAAACUACAUGGAAAACUUUGGAAGAGAAUUCAUUAAAGGGACUAAUGUGAGACUAAUCUUUUUUUAAGCUAAAACUUCCUGAAAAUGAAUAAUGGGAUCCAAGGUACAGCAGAUUUAAGCAAUGGGCUAGAAAAGGGAUAACCUCAUACUGGAUGAUAAGAUCAGAAAUAGAGCUAUGUUCAUUUCAACCGUUAGUGGAUCUAAAUUACUUAGAGAUAUCUUCAACUGAGACAAAAUCGAGAGCUGAUUCAGAAUCUGAAAUGGCACUUACAGAUUUAUUAGUUAAUUCAUAUAAAGGUACUUUUAGUAAUAAGUUGAUUUCAAAUAUUUAUUUGGCCUUGCACUCUGAGAAAGGACAUUUCACAAGUUACAUGAAAUGAAAAUGGGAGAAAGAGGCCAGGGGGAUAUUAUCUAAGGAAGACUGGAGAAAUAUUUAGAAAUCCCAAUUCUGUACUUCAAGUUCAGAUUUCUGGAAGAAAUCUUCACAUCUUUUGGGAAUGUCCGAGCAUCAUGACAUCCUGGGUGCAGGUGGUGGGGGAAACUAACAGGCUAUAGGAUCUAAAUUGGAUGUGAGUUUUAGUAUUAUUUAUCUGGGCAAUAUACCAAAAACCAUGACAGGAAGGAGAAGAUCCCUACUAUCGCCGAAUGGUUGGAAUAGUUAAUGAAAUUUAUAUAAUGGAAAAAAUGACGUUCUCUCUUUGAGUUUAGGUCAUGUCCCAAAAUUGAAAAACGAAUUAGUGAAAGAUAUUUGAUUCUGAGGGACAUGGAACAACGAGAGGACUUAAGCUCUGUUAGGAAAUUUAUUAAAGGACUGUGUAACAUGUUGAGGAAUAAGAUGUUUGGUAAACUCCAUUUGUUCUCAUUCCUGUCAGCAUCAUUUAUUUUCUUCUCUUUUUAAUUUUGAUUUUGUUGAUGUAGUGUAUGCUGCUGUUUUCACAAAAAAGUAAAAAGAUGUUCAUGAGUCUCAAAUCUCGAGUCUGACUCGAGUCUCAUUGACUGAUCGACCCAUCUCUGAUAGGUAGGUCUUAAAAUAAACCAUUCUUGUUGUUUCCCUGAAUUACUUUGUACAUUCAGUUCAACUUCCAAUUGUUUUAUCUGUUUUUCAAGUUUUUCCAUCUCUAUUUUUUUACGUUAAAAUUGGUAUUUGUAUAGCUGAUGACUUCUCCUUCAAUAAAAGCCUUAAAUGCUUCCCAUCUUAUAGAAGCAUUUAACUGAUUUGGAUUUCUGGUCUCCAUAAAUUUGAAAACUCUGCGUUAUGGAGCCAUUUUGCUAGAAACCUCCAGUUGGAUAGAUAAUUUACCACUUCAAAGGAGACUGAGACGUUUUUACCUUUAGAUAUCAGCUUUCUGGACCCUAAAAACAAUCUACUCUAGACUAAGAAUUAAAGGAGAAAUUUGUAAUAUUUUAACCGCCAUUAAAAACGUCAUAGUGUGUAACUAGAGAUCAGGGAAAGGCUGUUCUCGUAUAAAAUGGGGCAUUCCAGACCAGAAUCAUUUCGCUGUGUUUUGGUGCUGCUCCUCUACUUCCUGAUUCAACAACCAAUCAUGUUCUAACAGCUGUAUCCCACUUCAGGGUCUGCACACUUAGAAGUGCUGAUUCGUGGGCUACAUACGCUAACGUGGUGCGCCAAGCGGUGUCCCAUUUCGAAGGACCCUCCGAAUCCACCCUACAAAUCCGCACUUUGCUUGGCCUCAAGUAAAGGCUGCUGGUGAUGCUUCACGGCCUUUUUUCUCGCAGGAGUCAUCGCACACAAGACGACAGCAAAUGAGCAACAAUGCCCAUACACUUUACUUUGUACACUUUAGUAGAAACAUGAUCAAACCAAGUAAAAACACACAAAGAAACAAACAAAUAAAAAAAUUUGUUAAAAUGUAGCAUUAAAAUUCUGUAAUAUUUCAUAUUUGUGAUGUUAAAGAAGAUAAUA